GCGCAGAACUCGGGGAGCCGCCGCCGCCAGCCGCCGCCGCCGCCAGCUUCCGCCACCGCAGGACCGGCCCCUGCCCCAGCCUCCUAAGCAGCGCCGCGUCCACGCCGGCCGGCGGCCGGGGCCAGCCUGGGGAGUCCACCUGCGCUCUCCACAGUGUGUCCCGCGCCACGCAUGUGACCCGGCCAGACCCCCGAAAGUGUGUCCCCUGCAGUUCUGACCCCGGGCUGCGCCCGCCCGCCCCAGUACCAGCUCUCCAGCCCGCCGGCUCGGGAUGGCCGCAGCCAAGGCCGAGAUGCAGUUGAUGUCCCCACUGCAGAUCUCAGAUCCGUUCGGCUCCUUUCCUCACUCGCCCACCAUGGACAACUACCCUAAGCUGGAAGAGAUGAUGCUGCUGAGCAACGGGGCUCCCCAGUUCCUGGGUGCCACCGGGACGCCGGAUGGCAGUGGCGGUAACAGCAGCAGCAGCGGGGGCAGUGGAGCUGGAGGGGGCGGCAGCAACAGCAGCAGCAGCAGCAGCGCCUUCAACCCUCAGGGGGAGUCGGGCGAGCAGCCCUACGAGCAUUUGACCGCAGAGUCUUUUCCUGACAUCUCUCUGAAUAAUGAGAAGGUUCUAGUGGAGACGAGUUACUCCAGCCAAACCACUCGGCUGCCCCCCAUCACCUACACUGGCCGUUUCUCUCUGGAGCCUGCACCCAACAGUGGCAAUACCUUGUGGCCGGAGCCCCUCUUCAGCCUGGUCAGCGGCCUUGUGAGCAUGACCAACCCGCCUGCCACCUCCUCCUCGGCGCCUUCUCCAGCGGCUUCUUCCUCCUCUGCCUCCCAGAGCCCACCCCUGAGCUGUGCAGUUCAGCCUAAUGACAGCAGCCCCAUUUACUCGGCGGCACCCACCUUCCCCACGCCUAACACUGACAUCUUCCCUGAGCCACAAAGCCAGGCCUUCCCUGGUUCAGCAGGCACUGGUCUCCAGUACCCGCCUCCUGCCUACCCUACCGCCAAGGGUGGCUUCCAGGUCCCCAUGAUCCCUGACUAUUUGUUUCCACAACAGCAGGGGGACCUGGGCCUGGGCACCCCAGACCAGAAACCCUUCCAGGGCCUGGAGACCCGAACCCAGCAACCUUCGCUCACGCCACUCUCUACCAUCAAGGCCUUUGCCACACAGUCAGGCUCUCAGGACCUGAAAGCCCUCAACAACACCUACCAGUCCCAGCUGAUCAAACCCAGCCGCAUGCGAAAGUACCCUAAUAGGCCCAGCAAGACACCCCCUCACGAACGCCCCUAUGCCUGCCCGGUGGAGUCCUGUGACCGCCGCUUCUCCCGCUCAGACGAGCUCACCCGCCACAUUCGCAUCCACACCGGCCAGAAGCCCUUCCAGUGUCGUAUCUGCAUGCGCAACUUCAGCCGCAGCGACCACCUCACCACCCACAUCCGCACCCACACGGGCGAGAAGCCCUUUGCCUGUGACAUCUGUGGGAGGAAGUUUGCCAGGAGUGAUGAACGCAAGAGGCAUACCAAGAUCCACUUGCGACAAAAGGACAAAAAAGCAGACAAAGGAGUCGUGGCCUCUUCGGCCACCUCCUCCCUGUCUUCCUACCCGUCUCCAGUGGCUACCUCUUACCCCUCCCCAGUCACUACCUCUUACCCAUCCCCAGCCACCACCUCAUACCCCUCUCCUGUGCCCACCUCCUACUCCUCCCCAGGCUCCUCCACCUACCCUUCCCCCGUGCACAGUGGCUUCCCGUCACCCUCGGUGGCUACCACGUUCUCCUCGGUGGCUCCUGCUUUCCCGGCCCAAGUCAGCAGCUUCCCAUCCUCAGCUGUCACCAACUCCUUCAGUGUCUCCACAGGGCUUUCGGACAUGACAACAACUUUUUCUCCCAGGACAAUUGAAAUUUGCUAAAGGGAGAAAAGGGAAAUGAGAAGGAAAGAAACACAGAGACUUAAAAAGGACAGGAGGAGGAGAAGGUCACAGGAGGGGGGAGCCUCUUAGUUCAGAUGGAGGUUCCCAGAGCCAAAUCCUCCCCCUCUACCCGGCCCUAGGGUCAGAGUGAAAGGUCUGUUGGCCAACAAUUCUUCCUGUCUGCUUCCCCUUCCUCCCCAGUUCCUACUCCUUUUGAAUCCAGCUGCCUGAAACAGCCAUGUCCAAGUUCUCCACUUCUAUCCAAAGAACUUGAUUUGCAUGGAUUUUGGAUAUAUCUUUUCAGUAUCAUCUCCAUCGUAUGCCUGACCCCUUGCUCCCUUCAAUGCUAGAAAAUUGAGUUGGCAAAAUGGGGUCUGGGCCCCUCAGAGCCCAAUUCUGUACCCUUGUACAGUGUCUGUGCCAUGGAUUUCAUUUUUCUUGGGGUACUCUUGAUGUGAAGAUAAUUUGCAUAUUCUAUUGUAUUAUUUGGAGUUAGAUCCUCACUUUGGGGGGAGGGGGGGAAGAAAAGCCAAGCAAACCAAUGGUGAUCCUUUCUUUUGUGAAGAUGCUGUGACAAUUAAGUUUUAAGCUUUUUUUGAAACAGCAGUACUUGGUAUUAAUCAGAGCAUGUGUCAGAGUGAUGUUCCGUUAACCUUUUUGUAAAUAUUGCCCAAUUGUACUCUCACAUGUGGCAAAAUAUGGUUUGGUUUUUCUCUCUCUCUUUUUUUUUUUAAGUUUUUUUUUAUUUUUUUUUAGUUUUUUUGUCCAUUUGGUUUAAAAAGUUUCACGUCUUGGUGCCUUUUGUGUGAUACGCCUUGCUGAUGGCUUGACAUGUGCAAUUGUGAAGAAAGUGCUCCCCUCUAGCCUUAAGGGGGGGCAAGGAGUAAUGACUUGGGGGGAGGCUUUGGGAGCAAAAUGAGAAAGAGGGCUGAGUUCAACUGCAGUUCUCCAGAAUGUAAGAAAACAAAAUGUAAAACAAAAUUUGAACUCUCAAAAGUCUAUUUUUUUAACUGAAAAUGUAAAUUUAUAAAUAUAUUCAGGAGUUGGAAUGUUGUAGUUACCUACUGAGUAGGCGGCGAUUUUUGUAUGUUAUGAACAUGCUGUUCAUUAUUUUGUGGUUUUAUUUUACUUUGUACUUGUGUUUGCUUAAACAAAGUGACUGUUUGGCUUAUAAACACAUUGAAUGCGCUUUAUUGCCCAUGGGAUAUGUGGUGUAUAUCCUUCAGCAAAAUUAAAAGGAAAAUAAAA